AUGGGGUUCCGUGAGGCGUUCUAUCAGCAGUAUUUCUCAGCUGCGGAUAAGAAUGCAUUUGUGAGAGAGUAUGCCACAAUUCGCCAACGAGAUGAUGAGUCUGUAACAGACUAUUUGGCAAGGUCUUUGAGGCUCGCUGGUUUUGCAGGGUCGUCAGCCGGGACAUCUCUAGAGCAGGCUGARAAGUUUAAGUGGACAAUUCAUUACCGGUACCGUUCCAAACUUAUCAAUGAGAAAUUUACGGAUGUGGCACAGGCGGCAGAUGCUGCCAAGAAUAUUGAGAUGGAACGGCAAGACUUUUUGGCAUCCAAAUCAGAUGGGGGAAAGAAAAGAAGUCGAGAUGGGCAACAAAAUCAGCAGCAAGGUGGUAACAGUGAGAAUCAGUGGGGACAUAAUAAUAGCAAGAGUCAGGGGCAGUGGCAAGGUCAAAAUCAGGGUCAGAGGCAACCGUAUCGUCAGCAAGAUCAACAGGGACAGGGGCAUAAUCAGACUCGUUUUCAAAGGUCAGGCGACAAGGGUAAGCAUGAUUCGGUCCCUCAAUGCAAUUCAUGUGGAAGGCGCCAUCCCGGAAACGUGUGUUAUAGGGCUUCCGGAGCUUGCUUUUUGUGCGGUGAGGUGGGACAUUUGGCGAGAGAUUGCAUGAAAUCUCGUAGCACCGACAAAAGAAAUGACACUAAGGCAACUAGUGGAGGUAGGGUGUUUGCCUUAUCAGCUAACCAGGCAGCAAAUUCAGGUAUGAUUUCGGGAAUUCUUUCGAUUGGCACACAUGAUGUUUAUGCUUUAUUUGAUACGGGGGCAACCUAUUCUAUGGUUUCUUUGAUUUUUGCUAAUCAUCUUAGAAUGCCUUAUACAUCGUUAGAAUCGACUCUAGUUAUUGCUACUCCUUUGRGUAAUUCGGUAGUUAUAUCUCGAGAAUUUAAAGGGUGUCCUUUAAAARUAUGA